CCGCUGCUGUCUCUCUGCUUCUUCUCCGUAGAUAAGAGCAACCACCCCAAGAGAGAAAUUUUAUGAAUAAGCUCCAGAAGCCGGUGCUAACAGGCCAGCGGUUCAAAACUAGGAAGAGGGAUGAAAAGGAGAAAUUUGAACCAACGGUCUUCAGGGAUACAAUUGUCCAGGGCCUCAACGAAGCUGGUGACGACCUGGAAGCGGUAGCCAAGUUUCUGGAUGCAACAGGAUCAAGGCUAGAUUAUCGUCGCUAUGCUGACACUCUCUUUGACAUCUUGAUAGCUGGCAGCAUGCUGGCCCCAGGAGGCACAAGAAUAGAUGACAAUGAUAAGACCAAGAUGACCAAUCACUGUGUGUUCUCUGCACUUGAAGAUCAUGAUGCCCUCCGACAUUAUGCUCAGGUCUUCAAUAAACUCAUCCGGAGAUAUAAAUAUUUGGAAAAGGCAUUUGAAGAUGAAAUUAAAAAGCUCCUGUUAUUCCUUAAAGCCUUUUCCGAAACAGAGCAGACAAAGUUGGCAAUGCUCACUGGUAUCCUGUUAGCCAACGGAACGCUCCCUGCUACUAUUUUAACAAGCCUUUUCACUGACAACAUUGUCAAAGAAGGUAUCGCCGCCUCGUUUGCUGUAAAGCUUUUUAAAGCAUGGAUGCUAGAGAAAGAUGCCAAUUCAGUUACCUCCUCUUUAAGGAAAGCUAACUUAGAUAAGAGGUUGCUAGAACUGUUUCCAGCCAACCGGCAGAAUGUGGAGCAUUUUGCCAAGUAUUUCACUGAUGCUGGCCUAAAAGAGCUCUCCGAUUUCCUCAGAGUCCAGCAGUCCUUGGGGACUCGGAAAGAAUUACAAAAAGAACUCCAGGAGCGUCUUUCUCAGGAAUGCCCAAUUAAAGAGAUGGUGCUUUAUGUAAAAGAAGAAAUGAAGAGAAAUGAUCUGCCGGAGCCAGCAGUGAUUGGGCUAUUGUGGACUUGCAUAAUGAAUGCUGUCGAGUGGAACAAGAAGGAAGAGCUGGUUGCAGAACAAGCACUUAAGCAUCUGAAGCAAUAUGCACCUUUGCUGGCUGUGUUCAGCACCCAAGGCCAGUCAGAGCUGAUCCUUCUCCAAAAGGUUCAGGAAUACUGUUACGACAACAUCCACUUUAUGAAAGCCUUUCAGAAGAUUGUGGUGCUAUUUUAUAAAGCUGAUGUCCUAAGUGAAGAAGCCAUCCUGAAGUGGUACAAAGAGGCACAUGUUGCUAAAGGCAAAAGUGUGUUCCUUGACCAGAUGAAGAAGUUUGUUGAGUGGCUACAAAAUGCUGAAGAAGAAUCCGAGUCUGAAGGUGAGGAAAACCAAGAUGGUUGAACAAAGCACAAAUAUAUAGGCCGCAGCUGACUCUUACUUC